CGCCCGGGGGCUGCCGGGAGGCGGCGGUGGCCGGGCCGUCGGUCGAUCGGCGAUAUGCGGCUGUCGGUGGCGGCCGCCAUCUCGCAUGGCCGCGUGUACCGGCGGCUCGGGCUCAGCCCGCGGUCGCGCCUGGACCUGCUGCGGAACCUAGUGACAGCACUAGUGCGCUAUGAGCGCAUCGAGACGCCCUGGGCGCGGGCGGAUGAGAUGCGCGGCUACGCCGAGCGGCUCAUCGACUACGCCAAGCGGGGGGACAAGGACGAGCGUGCCAUGCGUAUGGCGGAUUUCUGGCUGACCGAGAAGGACCUCAUCCACAAGCUGUUCAAGGUGCUGGCGCCCCGCUUCCAGCCGCACCCCGGCAGCUACACGCGCCUGCUGCAGAUCCCCAACCGGGACGGGCUGGACCGCGCUAAGAUGGCGGUGAUCGAGCUGAAGGGGAGCCCGCUCCCGCCGCUCGUCCGCCCGCGCCGCGACUCCGACAAGACGCUGCUGAACCAGCUGGUCAAGGGAUACCGGCAGGACGCGCGACCUCGGGGCACCGCCGUCUAGGGUACCCUAGGGAAGGGAAGGUGUGGCAGGAGGUCUGGAGGGUGAUGGAAGUUGCUAUGGCCAGGGCUGAGCUUACUGGCUGCUUCCAGUGGUUUGAAUAGAGGCUCAGCAGGAGAAGGAAAUCAAGCUAGGAGCCCUGAUGAUUAACAUUUUCUGUGUAAAUAAACUUUGUUCAGAAAGUCA